CGGGGCUCGCUUACGUUAUAGGAGAAAAAUUGUGAAAAUCUGACUGGUUGCGCCGCCGGGCACGAAUUUACAGCGAGGACAAAAGUUUGGGACCCUAAGAAAGACAGAUUAAGUGCACCAGAAGGAGACCUAACAGUUGUCAAGACCUUAUUGAAGAACCAAUUCAAUAACUUUUACAUUGUGACUUAGAAGUAGAAUGUGCGAUGAUCCUUCCUCAUCCCCUAGCAAACCCAGCAUAUGUGAGAUGAGUGGUCCUCUGUGGUGCCUAGCCACUGUACCUGCCUGCUCUUGGCAGUGCUUGGUGGCGUGAGCAGAUUGCUCCAUCCUGGCAGCCACGGGAGCGUGGAAUGGCCUCUUUGGACCUCCCGUACCGUUGUCCUCGCUGUGGGGAACACAAGCGCUUUCGAAGCCUGUCCUCUCUGCGCGCCCAUCUGGAGUACAACCACACCUACGAGACCUUGUAUGUGCUGUCCAAAUCCAACAGCCUUUGUGAUGCCGCUGCGCUGCUCCCCCUAGUGGCCGACGGAGCCCUCGCCGCCGAAUCUCGUUUUGCGUACCGCGAGCUGCCCUGUUCUGGCGAAGAGCUUGGCCUUGUUCCCUCCUCUACAUCUUGCUACCUGCCCAAUGUAGAAUUUCCCCUGGGUGAGAUCUUAGUGAAGACAGCCAUGAGCUCUGGUGACGCCUUGACCUCCACAGGGAACAACGCUGUCGCGGUAGCAGCUAAUGUGGCCGCCAGUGCGGUGGAAGCGGCUUAUGAGGAGGGCCUGGCUCGGUUAAAAGCUCGAGCAUUUGAGAGGCUAGAGCUGGAUGAGAGGCUGGAGAAGCUGUCAGAGGAGGUGGAGCAGAAGAUAGCAUCACGCGUUGGCCGUCUGCAGGCGGAGCUGGAGAGGAAGAGCUCGGAGCUCGAUAAGGCCAAGCUGGAGAGUGAGAGGCUUAGUCAAGAGAAACAAGAUCUAGAGGACAAGGCCACCGAGCUUUCAAGGCAGGUUGAUGUGUCUGUGGAGAUGUUAGCCAGCCUUAAGCAGGAUCUGGUCAACAAGGAACAAGAGCUGUCACACAAACAACAAGAAGUGGCCCAGAUCGACCAAUUCCUUCAGGAAACAGCUUCGCGCGAAGCCAAUGCUAAAGUGCGUCUUCAGCAGUUCAUAGAGGAGCUGUUGGACCGGGCCGACCGCGCUGAGAAACAGCUCCAGAUCAUAAGCAGCUGUGCCACCACCCCAAAUGGCAGCCUGGGACACUGCAGCCUGCAGGGAUCCAAACGCAAUGGACGACAGAGAAAUUCCAGUAUCUCUAGGGCAUCGAGGGGAAUGUACCAAGUGUCCGAACGACGUUCCUCGCCCAGUACUGCAGCAUCAGGUCGAAUGAAGUCUGUGUCUCAAGGUUCAGGAGGUUAUGACAGUGACAGUGUGGACCUCCAUGCUCUGGAGGACUGCCCUGAUGCUCAGUACUAUCACGUCCAGUGCCGACUUGGGGAGGGAGAUGGAGGGGGAGGUUACGAAAGGGCAGCUGUUUCCCAGAGCUGGGGCCUCCGCAAACAGGCCAUCCAGAACUGGCAGCGCCGGCCAUACCGGAACAGCAUGGAGGGAGAGGAGGGAGAUGUAUCCGAUGUGGGCUCCCGCACCACAGAGUCCGAGGCGGAGUUGUGGGAGCAAGACAGGAGAGCAGACUGCCAGCAACACAGGGGAAGCCGUGGAGGAUACAGAUUGGCUACAGGGGGAUACAAGCCUUGCCGCCAUGAGAAAAGUCCCUCUAAAGUCAAUGAGGUGAUCAGUCCUGAGGUGCUAAAGAUGCGUGCCGCUCUGUUCUGCAUCUUCACCUACCUGGACACUAAGACACUCCUGUGGGCAGCCGAGGUGUGCCGGGAUUGGAAAUUUGUGGCCCGUCAUCCAGCAGUGUGGACCAGAUUGUUGCUUGAGAAUGCUCGCAUCUCUUCAAAGUUAUUGUGCACUCUGUCUCAGUGGUGCACACAGACUCAUUCCCUCAUCCUGCAGAACCUUAAACCCAGACAGAGGGGCAAAAAAGAAACAAAGGAGGAAUAUCUAAAGAGCACACGUGGGUGUCUGGAGGAAGGUCUAGAGGCCUUGCUGAAAGCCACUGGCAGUAAUCUGCUCAUCCUGAAAGUGUCUCAUUGUCCUAAUCUAUUGACUGAUCGCUCUCUGUGGCUGGCGAGCUGUUUUUGCCGGGCACUGCAGGCUGUCACAUACAGGAGUGCAACAGAUCCUGUGGGACAGGAGGUUAUCUGGGCAUUGGGAGCAGGUUGCCGAGACAUCAUCUCACUACAGGUGGCGCCGUUGCAUCCAUGUCAGCAGCCAGCGCGCUUCAGUAACAGGUGCCUGCAGACCAUUGGCAGAUGCUGGCCACACCUCCGAGCUUUGGGUGUGGGCGGGGCUGGCUGUGGCAUACAGGGAUUGGCCUCUUUGGCAAGGAACUGCAUGAGGCUGCAGGUGCUGGAACUGGACCAUGUCAGUGAGAUAAAUCAGGAAGUAGCUGCUGAGAUGUGCAGAGAAGGUCUGAAGGGUCUGGAGAUGCUGGUGCUCACCUCCACUCCUGUAACUCCUAAAGCCCUGCUCCACUUUAACAGUGUGUGUCGUAACCUAAAGUCUAUUGUGGUGCAGAUUGGUGUAGAAGAUUACUUUGAAGACCCCAACAGUCCUGAGGCCAGAAAACUCUUUGACGAAAUGGUGAACAAGCUGCAGGCAUUAAAGAAGAGGCCUGGUUUCUCCAAAAUACUCCAUGUGAAGGCUGAUGGCUUGUGCUAAUGCUGUUCUACUGCUGCCAGAGCCACAUGAAGGUUCACAGAAUAUUUCAACCUGAUCGAGUCAUUCUGUCCUCAAUGAAACAAGGAAGAAUCAAACACUUCAGUUUGAACUCUAAAAACCAGUCUACCAUAUCAAGACGGGAGCACAUCUGUUAGCGCUUUGACAUUACCAAAUACAGGAGUCUAUAAAGACAGCUUCAACACACUCUACAAGAAGGCAUGAUCACUUGCCUUGAAUGCUGUUCCAGUUAAACAAACACUCCGAAAUACAAUCAGACCCAUUUCAAAACACUAUACAGAGGCUUAUUCCCCUACUUGCCAAAUUUUAAUUAGAUCCCAGAGAUAAUGUCUCUCUUCAUAGCACAGAAUUGCAAGGUGGGAGCAGUCUUAUAUUCCAGAUUGGUGGACAGGUUUGCCACCUGAAACAUAAAAUCAACAUCCAAAUCUAAUUAGCACAAUUUAAAAUGCACAUUUUAGGCAGGAGUAAGUUAAUAGGAUGUGUUCACAAAUGUGGGAGUUUAUAUUUGUGUGGUCAACAUGAGUAUUUAGCAACACUUGCAAAGAGACAGAUUAAUACAUUACUUGUCACUAAUGAGCAUUACACUUUAAACUGGAUGCACCAGUCAGCCAUAUUACUAGGACAAUUUCAACAAAACAUAAUCACCAGCUUCAGACAUGGCUUACUGAGACCCUUAUUUAGGGAUGCCUUGUCUCCAUAGAAACUCCUAUUACUCGCAGAGAUCAUGUAUGAGUUCAUACAGAAUGAAGAAGCCAGUAAACACAAGAACUUCUCCUCUGGCAAGCUGUUCUAACAUCUGCUCCUCUGCCUCAUUCAUGCCAGACCUUAGAGUUGUUUAGUCAUACUUCCGAGACCAGAGUAACUCUGGCCAAGAGUUGUGGCUCUGAUGUUGUGGCUCUGUUGUUCUUCAAUGAGGUUCCAGACAGAUUUGCAAUGCCUUGUCCAUAAUGUGCCAUCCAACGUGCCAUUCUACAUGUUCUUGAUUUUUCCCAAUGUGCCAUUAGCGAAUUAGUGGAACAGCAGAGGUAUUUACAGUAUGUUAUACCAUACAAGGUGUGCACUUACCAAAAGGUAUCAUAAGGGAAAAUUUGUGUUUUGAGGGAAUGGUACAAAUCCACAUUCAGAAGUCAUGGUGCUGUCAUUUCAGUGUACUGUCACCUCAGAUAUAUAUGUCUCCGUCUCUGUAUUACUGACCAGUCAAAUCUUUGAUGAACUCACAUCUCUUGUUUUAUAUGGAACUCAGGCUGGUGCUACUUAGCAGAUCAGUGAUUACUACUGCAUCCCCAAAUUUGCUCCAUCGAUAGGAUGCAUUCAAAGGGGCCGUUCACACCGAGAGCAAUUUUGCAUCCAUCUGUUUUUCAAUUAGUUUUUGUAUGUAAACAUGUAUGAGACAGGCUUCUUUGACUGUUGUGCACCUUCUCACUGUUUUUGCAACAUUUUGCGUAGGAAUGCCGCACUUUACCCUUUUUUUACACUAUAAAAAGGUAAAAGAACAUCAACUUUUAAAAACAUGUCUUGAGACGCCUCCGUUCUUUUCUGUUCUAGCUAAUGCGUUCGGUCUGAACGGCCCAUAAGUGUUUUAAAUGUAGACUGAGAAAUGGUCAGUUCUGAACUUGAGUUCUGAAUAUAGACACUGCACUUACCAAUAGGGAUUUAGAGACAUACUACAUAUGCAUCUUUGAAGGAACAAACAUAUUUUCAGGUAUUAUAUUGGGUUCAUUUCAGACUCUGCAAGAACCUGAUAUCUCUGGGUUAGAGUUUGGCUUUGGUUUCUGUAAAUAGACCUUAAGUUGUCUAAACUAGGAGAGAAGUUAUAAUAAUAUCCAUAGUAGGUCUGUGUGGUCACGUCAAACUACAAAAAUCAAAAGGUAUAGAAAUGAUUCUGCACAGCUGAGAUUUAAUUCCUUUUCAUAGGCUUGCUCUCUGUCAGCAUUGUGAAGUUAAAUAGUUAAAUCUCUGUUGUUUUCAAAGGGAAAAGUUUAGCUAUGAACCAAUUUAGAAUUCCAAAAUUUAGGACCGAUUCUGAGGGCUGAUAUUUGUUUUCUAUGGAUAACUGAUAUGAUAUUAUACAGCCAGAUAUUAUACAUUUUCAAUCUAGAAGUAAAAUCAUAUAUGAAAACUUUUGAAUGUACCAUAGAGAAUAUGGAUAAGAGUCUAGUACUUUUGAACCCUGGCAUUGACAAAAAAGUUCAGUUUGAAAUGGAAAAAAUGAAGUACUGAUAGUAUGCUUCCAAUAUUGGCCGAUUCGGAAACACUUUAAAAUAAGGUAAUAUUUUUUUUAACAUUAGUUAACGCAAUAGUUAAAAUGAACUAACAAUCAACAUAGUGUACUUUUACAGCAUUAAUUAAUCUUGGUUAAUAUUAAUUGCUAAAUUUCUUUUACAAUAAAAGUAUUUAUUAACAUUACCUAAUGCAUUGUGAGCUAACAUGAACUAACAAUGAACAAUCGUAUAGUAAUAAAUUAGCAUUAUCCGACAUUAUACAUUUCUGUAAAAUCAUUAUUAGUUAUUAGUUAACUAACAACUUUAACUAAUGUUAAUGUGUAGAACCUUAUUGUAAAGAGUUACCUCUGAUUCAGACCAAUACUUAUAAUAAAAAAAAUAUGAAUAUAUGCUGAUGCUGAUAUAGUCACCAAUAUUUCAUGCAUUAAAAAAAAAAAAAAAAAAAAAAGGUUUAUAGGUAUAUAUUUUGGUGUGUUUUUGAGUAAGUCAACUGAUGUAUUAGGUUUAGCUUUCACUGUGUAUUAUAUUAAAGGGAUAGUUCACCCAAACAUGAAAAUUCUCAUGCCAUCUCAGAUGUGUGACUUUCUUUCUUCUGCUG